AUGGAUAUCUUAAAGAUUCUUUUUGUGACUGUAUUGUUCUCUUGUGUUUGUGACGGAACUUAUUUCUUCAAACCCAAGAAAAUAUUGCUGCCUCCGAUUCAUCAUCAUCAUCACCACCACCAUCAUAUCCAUCCUCACCCCCACGCUCCUCAUCCCCACCCCCCGAAGCAUCCCCCUCACCCCCACCUCCCUCAUCCUCACCAUCAUCAUCCUCACCCCCACGAGAUGGACGAACAUGGAUAUUUCCAUAAAUUUCACAAGCCAAAGUUCAUCCAUCACAAAAUUCGUCCACUUCCAAAGCCAGUGAUGUAUAAGACUUUCCUCAUUCGGAAGUACAGUUUGCCACCUGAUUUUCAUGUGCAUAUUCCGUUGAACAAGAAAAUAUACGGACACUCUCAUGGACCUUUUAAACCACACACUCAUUAUCACAAAAAGCCAAUGUUUACGACGUACCAAAGAAAAAUGAAGAAAACGUUCGAACCGAAAAAAUUUCCUCGUAAAUAUGGACAAUAUCCUGUGAAAAAUGGUUUGACAUACGGAACUAGAAGGAAAGUUCCAAGAUUUCCACAACCAGGUGUGCAGAUACAAACCAAUAUGUUUCUUCCUACAGGAAUUCUACAUCCACCAACUAACAGGCUCUCAAAGAAGCCACAGACUAGCAAAUAUGAACUAUGGCUGAGGAAGAUUAAUGACUGGAUGAUAAGGAAACAGAAUACCGGUAAGGGAAUUCCUGUAAAAACAAAACGAAAACGGAUUUUCAAUGAAAUAUAUACGAAUAUUCCUUAUCCUCCAAAACGGCUAAACAUUCCCAAACCUCGGCCACCUAAAAAAGAUGGCGGUAUCAUUGCCAAUUUUGUGGUUGUAAAGCCACCUUUUAUCAGUAAGAGUGAGGAUCCAGCAGGGCCUGGGAUCCCCGUUUCUGAAAAACCCAAGCCUUCAAAUACUAACGAGAUCAGGAACAAUCCAACGCCAAAAAUAGAUAAGCCGCGUCCUAAAGCACCAGUUAUGGGUAUUCCUAUUAACCUGGAUAAUAUAGGCCCGCCAUUCGAUAUUACGGAAGUCAAUGAUCUUCCUACGGGUGGUCUACCUCCACCUAUUGAAAUUGUUCAUGAACCAAUCCCUAGUAGUACUGGAGGUGUCAAUAAACUCGAUGUGGGGCUUCCUACAGAUUCUGUCACUCCACCCAGUAUUAUAGUGGAUGGACUACCAACUGAACAGAAUGUAAAUAGCAUUGUUCCACUUCCCGGGAACCUUAACGAAAUGUUGACGGAUGUAGCUGAUUUGUCUGAAUUUCCAAAUUUAGACCUGAGCAAUGAGCCAUUAAUAAUUGAGCCUUUUGGUGUAGUACCACCGGAUAGCCAGUCUCCCCUGCCGCUGGACAUACAACCGUUUCCGUGGGACCUCUCUCAAAAACCCUUCCCACCGGAAAUAAUUCCUCGUAUAUCAAACAAGGAAAAGGAACCAUAUGUUAUGCGGCCAUUGGAACCUAUUGUUAAAAUAAUUGGCCGGGACAGUGUAAAACGUAAAAACGACACUAUAUUUGUACCUGAGCCAAUAUCUGAUCCAAAAUAUAACGAAACAGCACAUGUAAAUGAAUCGCCAUACAGCAUAGUUACCGAGGGUCCAAUGGAAUCUUCAACAGAAACAACAAAAACGACAAUGCCUGCAACAGCCGUCUUCACAACACAGCAGCCAUCAGCAACUUAUCCUACAACAACAAUGACCCUACCACCUCUAUCAUUUAUUGAGGUAAGAAGGUUCGAACAACCAACGUCUGCUUCAGAUAUCACAACAAAGACACCAACAAGAAAAUUAGAGAUAACAUCGACAACAACUAGCAGUAUUCUUUCAACAGAGCCUGCAAUAAUUGUGAAUAGAACAACUGGUGACGGUCAGAAUAAUAUAGAUAUGGUAGAUCAAAAAAUAGAAAAAGAACAGAAGAAUAAAUCAGCAUUCUUUAAAUAUAAACCUCAGGAAAUAAACAUCUCAUUUCCGUACUUAAUUUUUGAUAAUCCAACGACUACAACAUCAGCGCCAAAGACAUCAAUAGAAGCGACAACGCCAGUUACAAAAACAACAACUACGGGUACGGAAAUGUUAACUGUUAAGACGACCGCUAAUGUGCCUCAAUCAACAACUAACUUAUUUAAAGAUACGCCAGGUGUGGCAACAUUAACGACAACAAUACCUGCACCUGUGGUUGACGACCAGGUAAACGAGGAAAUAAUUUUGGAUUUUAUGACAAAUAAACAGAUUAUAUCGUCAAGAUCCGACGUUGCGAUUGAUUAUUCGACUCCAGAUAAAGAAACAACAACAAUACAAGUAAGCAGUACGUCAAAAACAGGUGAACCUACAACCAUCUGGCCCACAACGAUGAAAGAAACAACAAUUGCAACAACGACUACUGAAUUACCAACAACAACACGAAUCCUAACGAGCCUGAAACCAAAUACAAAAACAAAUGUUACACCGGAACUUGCUGAGAUUGUUAUGGCUUCAUCAACUACACAGCCUCUAACGACAACAACAACAGCAAUACCAAAUAUAACUGAAACAACACAAAUACCGAUAACUUCACAUGAUUACUAUUCAGACACAGAGACACCGGUGUACGACUAUGAUACAGUUCCUUAUGACUGGUUUUUCAACGAAACUGAAAAUAACACAUACAUAUAUUAUGAUGAAUUUAUGAAUAUGACAACACACCAAACAACUGAUAUAGUCCUGGAAAGUACCACAUCACCAUCAACUAUAAGAACAACGACCCCAACACUAUCAACGACACAAACGACUCCAAUAUUGGUAUCUUCGGGAUUUUUAUCUAGUAACAAACCUACCACAGAAAUGAUGGAUUUCAGAAGCACAAAGCAGACGACAACACUCGAACCACCAACCCAGACAACAGAGCCGGUGUAUACUUCGACAACAACUUCUACCGAACAGGCAGCAACCACAACGACACAACCUGAGCAGACAACAUUGAGAGAAGAUAAAACAACAACUCCAGUAGUAGUCACUACAUCAACUCCUUCCUCAACUACAACAGAGGGGCUGAAAGUCUGCCAAGAAACAUAUUGUAAAAUUGGUCAGGAAUGUACCAAAAAUAAUACAUGGUUGUGUCCCACGGCUGUGACUGGAACUAACUGUCAGUGUACCCAGGGCUGUAGAGUAGGAAAUUUAUUUAUUCCACUCGGUGAAUCCUAUCAGUUGGAUGAGUGCGGAAGUGUUUGUUCUUGCUUCAACCUUUAUGGAAAGGCUGAGUGUCACAGACUCCGAUGUUCUAACAGAACUGUGGCGGAUCCCGUAAAGAAGCAGGCAAACUACACCGGCAUAUCUAUAGGUGGUGUGAUAUACAUUCCUGUACAGCGUGUUCGGAUCCCGAAAAAUAACCCGAACACUCCUGGUGAGGACGAAAAUACGUAUGGGAUUUCAAUUGGUGGCGUUAUUUAUAUACCAAAACGAAAUCAUACGAACUCUGAACUCGAUAAAAACGGCGACUGGACGUCGGGAAUAUCCCUAGGUGGGGUCAUUUAUGUACCUUCCCGCGAAUACACAAAUGAACAAAAUGGCAAAACUGAUUAUGAAAAUGUUGUUGAAGGCAAUUCCUCAUGGACAAAAGGAAUAACUAUUGGGGGCAUCAUAUAUGUUCCAGUGCACAAAAGAAAAAAGACUUUUCAAGAAAAGAAUCGUGAAUUUGAAAACAUAUAUGACAAGACAAAUUUCGCUGAUGCAGAUGUCAUAUCGGUAAAAACACCUUAUGGCACCACAAGAGGAAUCACUAUUGGAGGUGUUAUUUACAUACCGAACAAAAACAAUAAUGAACCUGUCCAAUUUCUUGGCGAAAGCGAAAUACAGCGUAAAAAUAAAGAGGAUAAAAACCAGACCUCGCCCAUAGAAGUGGAAUACCCAGUGGGCUGGACAAAUGGCAUAUCAAUCGGGGGGAUCAUUUACGUGCCCGUCCGACAACGUAAGAAGGUUGUACACAACCCUACUUAUCAAAUACCAGACAUUCAAACCAAAAACUACACUGAAAAUAACUUUCCUUAUUUGACCAAAACGGCUGGAAUUCACAUUGGAGGUAUAAUUAACGUUCCGAUUGCAAAAAGAUCCUCUAUAAAAUCUAUUAAGAUAAAGAAGAUGAACCCGGCUUUUGGAUAAGUUGUCACAAAAACUUACAUCUUUCUUCUAUAUGCUACAAACUUCAUCGUGACGAGGC